AUGUUCUCGGCGCUGGGCUCGCCGAAGCUGACCAAGCACGCCGAGUGGAGCUGCAGCCAGCGCGCCGCGACGGGCGGCGCCAAGCUGCACGUCUUCCGCCUGUGCUCCAAGCUCGGGUCUUGGGACCUCGCGCGCACCUUUGUCGAGCUCGAGUUCUUCCGCGAGACGCUCCGAACACUCUACAACAGCGAGGUCAGCAGCAACAGCCACGAGUCGAACUGGCCGCGCCGCCUUCGGCACGUGUUGACACUGCCAUUUCCUAGCGUCGAGUGGCUGCCAUGGGCGCGCGGCCAGCUCGGGCGCUUUGUCGCGUCGCUCGUGGCCCUCCACGACGACGCCUCGCGCGUUGCGAACCCGACCUUUCUCCUCAGC